AUGGAAAUCAGGUGGUUUGAUUUGAAGAGUGAGUCAUAUGGAGAGCUGGAACAACCAGACUAUGAUGAGGGUGCUGGAUUCAGGCAUUUGUAUGUGAUGCAAGGAGGUUGUCUGGCUGUCUGUUGUUAUUCCUGCGACGGUCAUGCGGAUCUCCGGAUCAUGAAGGAAUAUGGAGUGCAAGAACCUUGGACUAAAGCGGUUUUGGUUCCUGAAAUUGAUGCCAAUGACUUCUGUUUUUCAAUUUUCUCAACUAAAGAUGAGAAAAUUCUUUCCUGGUACAAUAACUCCUCCUUGGCUCUUUUUGAUCCUAAAUGUAACGGGUUACACAGCCUCGAGUAA